AUGGAUAAACUUGAUGUUGGUUGGAUUAAAUGUAAUUUUGAUGGAGCAUGGAUCCAACAAGAUUUGCGAGGAGGGUUUGGUGCUGUUAUACAGGAUCAUAGGGGAGAAUUCAUAGCUGCAAUUGAUAGUUCCAUUGGAAGAACACGCUCAGCAUUCCAUGCUGAGCUCUUUGCCGCCCGCCAGGUUACUUUGUGGCCCAAGCUUCCUUUUGGUAAAAGCAUAAUUUUCGAAUGCGAUUCUAGUCUGGUAUUGGCUGCUGUGAAGGGACAGGAUGAAGACUACUCGCUCUUGGGUCCUAUCAUUAACGAUCUUCAUUAUUUACUUCAAUCAUUUCCUCUGUUGCUGCUGAACCAUGAGCAGCAGGGAAGUAACUCGGCAGAGCACCGUCUUGAUCUAGUGGGUAUUGGUAGUAAUCAACAACUUUUGUGGUCCUUUUCGUGCGGGACACUCUUUUCCCUUCGACCGGGUUGA